GAGAAGAACCUGGGAAGUGUUCCCUGGCCUUUCUGCAGCAGCUGCUCGUUCCCUCUCCUAAGCCUGUGCCAUGAGGGGUGCUUUCUCAGGACUGCUGCCACCAUUUGUGGUGAGCAAAGGAAAUAACUAAAAAUGACAAGUAGAAGACUCGAGGAGUCCAUGGGGGCUGUGCAGAUGGGGUUAGUCAGAAUGCUCAAAGGAUUCCAAAGCAAGGUUUUGCCACCCCUGAGUCCAAAGGUGGUUAAAGAAGAAGAUGUAAACCAAAUGCUAACACCCUCGGAGUUCCUGAAGGAGAUGUCCCUGACCACAGAACAGAGACUGGCAAACACACGGCUGAUGUGUCGACCGCAGAUCAUCGAGCUUUUAGAUAUGGGGGAAGCAACACAUCAAAAGUUUUCAGAAAUUGACCUGGACCAGGCAUUAUUCCAGCCCUUUCCAUCAGAAAUUGUAUUUCAGAACUACACUCCCUGUGAAGUCUAUGAAGUUCCACUGGUUUUGAGGAACAAUGACAAAAUUCCAAGGAUGGUGAAAGUCGUGGAGGAAAGCUCGCCGUACUUUAAAGUGAUCAGUCCCAAAGACAUUGGCCACAAAGUGGCUCCGGGAGUGCCAUCCAUAUUCCGGAUCCUCUUCACUCCAGAGGAGAACAAGGAUUACGCCCAUAUGUUGACCUGUGUUACUGAAAGAGAAAAGUUCAUCGUACCCAUCAAAGCCAGAGGCGCCCGAGCCAUCCUAGACUUUCCCGACAAGCUGAAUUUCUCCACGUGCCCUGUCAAAUACAGCACUCAGAGGAUCCUGCUGGUCCGGAACAUUGGCAACAGAGAUGCUAUGUUUCACAUCACCACUUACAAGCCGUUCUCUGUGGAGCCGUCUGUUGGAACUCUUACUGUGGGAGAGUCCAUGCAACUGGAAGUGGAUUUCGAGCCACAGACCGUGGGCAAUCACGGCAAACGGCUGAUUGUAUAUUACGACACAGGUGAAAGAAUGUUUGUAUCUCUGUAUGGAGCUGCCGUAGACAUGAAUAUAAGGCUGGACAAGAAUUCUUUGAUCAUUGAGAAAACCUACAUAUCUCUGGCCAAUCAGAGAACUAUAACUAUUUACAACCGCAGUAACAUCAUUGCCCAUUUCCAGUGGAAGGUAUUUCCUACCCAGGAAGAGGAAGAUAAAGAAAAGUAUAGGGUCUGCGAGGAUCUGAUCAAAGAGGAAAAGGAUGAGACUGAUGAGUUUCUGGAAGAGUUUGUUAGUGACCCUUUACUCCGAGAACGGAUCUCCAUUCUCUCCCGCACCUUUGCGAAUCAGAGAAGGCUGGUUCAGGCGGACAGCAUACUUUUCUUGAAUAACAUUUUCACUAUUGAGCCUCUGGAAGGUGAUGUCUGGCCCAACUCAUCAGCUGAAGUCACUGUGUACUUCAACCCUCUGGAAGCCAGGCUCUACCAGAUGACUGUGUACUGUGACAUUUCAGGUCGAGAGAUCCGUCUGCCCCUCCGAAUCAAAGGGCAAGGGAUGGGACCAAAGAUUCACUUCAACUUUGAACUGCUGGAUAUUGGAAAAGUUUUUGUUGGAUCUGUACACUGUUAUGAGGCAAUUCUGUCCAACAAAGGCAGCAUCGAUGCCCUCUUCAACGUGAUCCCCCCGACUUCAGCUUUGGGGGCCUGCUUUGUUUUCAGCCCCAAGGAAGGCAUCAUCAAGCCAAGCGGGGUCCAGGCUAUCCAGAUUUCCUUCUGCUCUUCCAUUCUGGGGCACUUCAAAGAAAAGUUCCUGGUCAGUGUCAAUGGGUCACCUGAGCCUGUGAAACUGAUUAUUAGAGGCUGUGUCAUCGGACCCACCUUCCACUUCAACGUUCCUGCUCUGCACUUUGGGGAUGUUUCCUUUGGGUUUCCUCAUACCUUGAUAUGUUCCCUCAAUAACACCUCCCUGGUCCCCAUGACCUUCAAACUGCGUAUCCCUGGGGACGGCCAUGAGAGCACUUCAAGCUGUGAGCAGUAUUCAGACACCAAAGGACCCUCUUGGAACAAGGAGGAAGUACCCAUAACGAAACCAAAAGAAUUCACCAUCACUCCUAACAGCGGCACCAUUCGCUCCCAGGGAUUCGCUGCUAUCAGGGUGACCUUGUGCUCCAACACCGUGCAGAAAUACGAGCUGGCCCUGGUGGUGGACGUGGAGGGCAUCGGCGAAGAAGUGCUGGCGCUCCUCAUUACAGCAAGGUGCAUUGUGCCUGCCCUCCGCAUGGCUAACACAGAGGUGGACUUCGGGCGCUGCUUCCUGAGGUACCCGUACGAGAAGACCAUCCAGCUCGUCAAUCCCGAUGACCUCCCGGGAUGCUACGAGGUCCUGCCCCAGGUGGACGAGGACUCGCCCGCGGUGCUGCUCUCCAGUCCCCGCCCCUUCGGAAUCAUCCCUCCCCAAAGCACCGUCCACAUCCCCCUGGUCCUGGAGGCCCAGGUCACCGGGGAGCACCGGUCCACCGUCUACGUCUCGGUCUUCGGGAGCCAGGACCGCCCUGUGACGUGCGAGUUAAGGAGCAUCGGAGAAGGCCCGGUUAUCUACGUCUAUCCCGACCAGGUGGAUUUUGGCAAGAUCUACGUCCUCCAGGAGUCCUCCAGGAUCAUCAACCUCUCCAACCAGUCCCUCAUCCCUGGGUUGUUUCAGGCACACAUGGCACACAAAAAGUCCCUCUGGACGGUGGCGCCCAGCGAAGGCACCAUUCCCCCGGAAGAUGAUAUCCAGCUGACACUGACCGCCAACCUGAAUGACAUACUUAUGUUCAAAGACACGGUCAUUUUGGAAAUUAAAAACAGCAACACCUACCGGAUUCACGUCCAAGCUCUAGGAAUUGGUUCCACCAUUGUUUCGGAUAAGCCCUUUGCUCCAGAACUCAACCUGGGAGCACAUUUUAGCCUGGACACCUGCUACUACCACUUCAAGUUGACCAACAAGGGACGUCGGGUCCACCAGCUGUUCUGGAUGAAUGAAAGGUUCCACCCCGAGAACAAGCCCAGCAAGAAGGGUGCAGCUAAGAGGAGACUCGCCAAGCGCCCCGGCUCCCAUGAAGUCAACCGCUCCCAGAGCCCCGUGUUUCAGCUCCAGCCCGUCAGGAUGGAGCUGUAUCCAGACCAGACGAUCGAUGUGACACUUGAUGGCUACUCUGCUACUCCCAGGUUGGUCAAGGAGAAGCUGGUGUGCCAGGCCAUCAUCGGGGCCCAGCGGGAGCGCAGGCUGGUGAUGACCGUGGAUAUCAUCUGUGAGUUCAUAGCGCCGCUCAUCCAGCUCUCCACCAAGAAGCUCGUGUACCGCCUGGAGAAGACACCACAGACUAUCUUGCAACCUGAGUACCAGCCGUUGGUCAUGAAGAACAUUUCCACGCUGCCCGUGAACGUGUUGCUCUCAACAAACAAACCCUUCUUCAUCUGUGACACGGAGAGAUCGCCAUUGCCCCUAACUCCAGAGCCUAUUAAGCUGGAGAUUGAUGAAGAAAAAAAUCUUCUGAUCAAAUUUGAUCCUACCCACAAACGCGAUCUGAACAACUGGGUGGCAGAAGAAAUUCUAGCGAUCAGGUACCUGGAGCACCCUCAGGUAGACAACCUGAGCCUGCGUGGGGAAGUGCAUUACCCCAACCUGAAGUUUGAGACCAUGGACCUGGAUUUUGGCUGUAUCCUGAAUGACACUGAGGUGAUCCGCUACGUUCCCAUCACCAACUGCAGCCCACUGACUGUGAAGUUUCGCUGGUUCUUCGUGAUGAACAACGAGGGAAGUCAAAUAAGGUUUGUGAUGAGGCUGGGGAAGCCCGACCGUGCCCGCCUGCCCCAGAUGGAGUAUCCUGGGACCUCGGCCUCCACCAGCUCGCCAGCAGUCUCCGCAAUCAAAUCCCCUGAGAUUGAUCUAAGUGAUUUUGUUAAGAGCACCCUUGUAGAUGAAGACACUUGGCUUAAAGAAAAAGAAUACAGAAGAACAGAAGCGUCCAAGCUGGUCAACUCAGACGUGUUUGACGUCUUGCCCCUCUAUGGAGAGCUGGAGCCGUACCGUAGCUACCAGAUAGCUUUCACCUUCUACGGACACUGUGACAUGGUCGCCCAGGCGAAAGCUCUGUGCAAAGUGGAAGGAGGGCCCAACUAUGAGAUAACACUACGGGGAGAGGCCUCCGUGGUCAGCUAUUCCUUUGACACCAAGGACAUCAACUAUGGGUUACAGCUAUUCGACCGGGUCACAGAGAAUAAAGUCACACUGAAGAACACUGGGAAAGUCGGCUUCGAGUUCAAGGUGCUGACCAAUUACCAUUCUUCGCCGGACAACCUCAUGCCCGGAGUGCCACUCAUCCUGCCUCUUUCAGGUUUUAUCAGUUCACUUAAAGAGCAGGAGUUGAAGGUUUACUACUUACCUGGAGUUCCUGAGAUCUUCCAAAGAAGUUUUCAGGUACAGAUCGCCCACCUGGACCCGGAGAGUAUCACGCUGAGUGGAGAGGGAAUCUUCCCCCGAAUCUGCAUCGAUCUCCCCAGAAACCUCAAAGGGAAUGAAAAGUACGAAUUCUUCUUGAAUCAGGCCAGAGAAAACCUAAAAAAUGAGUUAGACAAAUACGAAACAUUUAGUCACACAGAGAUCAUUGAGGAAAUUCCUGAGGAUGAGCCUAUGGAGGUGAGUGCCCAGCUCCAGAUGGAAGUAGAGCGACUAAUAGUCCAAAACUAUACCAUGGAACAUCAGAAAACAGUCAUCUACGAUCCCCUGGACGAAGUCGGCCAUCGGGGUCGCCAUAGACUAGCCAAGAUCCAGCUGCCAGAGUAUAUCCUAGACUUUGGCCACAUCAUCCUUGGUGACACCCGAUCCCACAUCGUCAAGAUCACCAACACCAGUCACAUCCCAGUGUCCUUCCACGCAGAGAAGCGUGUCCUUCAUGACACAGGCUUUAGUACUGAGCUGGAUCGUGUAAAGCAUCUGCCUUACUGCGAAACGGAAUCAUUUGAAAUGAGAUUUGACUCGCAAGGGACCAAUAAUUUUGUUGGAAACAAAGAAGCCCUUCUGCCCAUCAAAGUGGUUGGAGGGCCAACCGUUCACAUCUGUCUGCAAGUCCACGUGGCCAUUCCCACGAUGACACUGUCUUGUGAAAAAGUGGAGUUUGCCACAAUUCAGUGUGGACAGUGCCUUGUGGAAACUAUUCAGCUCUACAAUCAGCUUCAAGUUCCCUGUGAAUGGUUUGUCGUCAUCCAUAAGCCAUUUAACAAGCUGGAGAAACACAUGCCAAAGUACUUAAGACGGAAACUACAUACCGAAUUCAAGCCAAAGACACGGAUCUUUGAGAUCCAGCCCACUUCAGGGGUCUUGGAUCCUGGUGAGAAGUACAACGUGCAAGUAAGAUUCAUGCCCAAAGAAGAGAAAUUCUACAGUCAAACCCUGACGUUCCAGCUUGCCCGUAGUACUCAGAAGCUUACGCUGCUGGCACAGGGGCAGGGUUUAGAGCCGCGCUUGGAAUUCAGUCCUUUAAUCCUGGAGCUGGGGCCACUGCUGCCUUACGCCCCCGGAGACGAGGCCGAGGUGGUGGUGAAGAACCCCUGUGACUUCCCCAUUGAGUUUUACUCCUUAGAAUUUGACCAGCAGUAUCUCGUAGAGGAGAAGAUCUUGAGGUCGCUGAAGGGCUAUGACUCCUAUAACACCCUGCUGCUGCCCCUCCGCGUCCCCGGAGAGAAGCUGCCCCCCGAGGUGUACGAGUACUUUCGGGAGAUGAAGCAGUCCAAGGAGGAGCAGAUGAAGGCAAAGUACCUGGAGGCUCUGGCUCAGGACAACGAAGACGAAGAUAUACCCAUCACAGAGGUGAUAACCCCCUCCAACCAGAAAAGGUCCUCACUGAGCCGAGGGGUGUCUGUGGCAUCCGACCUGGAGGAGUGGGAGGAGGCCAAGAUCAAUCCAGAUGAUGAAGAGGAUGACGACAGCCUGGAAAAAAUGGUGUUUCAAACUGAGAAGUUACAGAGCACCGACAGCCACUCGGCAGAGGACGACGGAGAAGUGGAGAACAACCCAGUGACCAAGGCCAUUGCUCGCUACCUGGGCAUCGACGUGUCCACGGAAGGUCUCCUGAAGAACCGGAAAGGCAUUGCCAUCAUCCUCCAUGGGACGCCCGUGUCAGGGAAGACGGCCACGGCCUUGAGCAUUGCCAAGUACUAUGGCGCAGCCUGCUUGAACAUCGACUCCAUCGUGCUGGAGGCCAUCUCCGACGGCAUCAACAUCCCCGGGAUCCGGGCCCGGGAGCUCUGCAUCAGGGCGGCCAUCGAGCAGUCCAUGCGGGAAGGCGAAGAGGCUGUCCAGGAGACUGCUUCGAGUCAAGUUGGCGUAGGACAGUCACGAACGAGCAGUGAGACCCUGGGCAGGUUAAUGUCGGAAACCUCUCUGGUAAACCCCGAAGUGAAAUCUGCAAAGUCCGUACGUGGGAGCAUGCUGCUCGCCAAAAACAAGUUAGAGCAUGGCUCUGGCUCUCAGAAGCAGCAUCACCAGCACGUGUCUGAAACACCGCAGAUCUCCUCCAGUCCUCUCCCCUCGGGGCCCACACCACGAAAGAUUAGUGUCAGCACCAGCAUCGGAGGUGAGACCGGCCUCCUCAGCUGUGUGCUCCCUGAGGAAAUACUUGUUCAGAUCCUGGCCGAUCGCAUACAGCUGAAUGACUGCAGCCUGGGAGUGGUGUUUGACGGCCUUGAGACACUCUUUGCUCGGAACGCAGCCUUUGCUCUCCUCUGCCUGCUGAAGGCCAUUGGCAACCGGGAGCACAUCUACGUCCUCAACAUGGCCCAGGAUUACGCAGCCAUGAAGGCCCAGGAGAAAGCCAAAAAGGAGCAAGAAGAGCAGAAACAGAAGGAGGCGCUCGAAAAAGAGAAGGAGCGUCUCCAGAACAUGGAUGAGGAAGAAUAUGAUGCCUUGACAGAGGAGGAGAAAAUCGCGUUCAAUCGAGAGGUUCAGCAGGCCCUGCGGGAGAGGAAGAAGAGGGAGCUGGAGAGGUUGGCAAGGGAGUUGCAUGAAAAGAAGCUACAACAGGAGCUUGAGCGACAGAAGGAAGAAGAUGAGCAAAAAAAGAAGACCAGAAAAACAAAGCAAGUGGCAGCAAAGGAUGAAUCAUCCCUGAAGAAAUCUCAGCCCAGCCGGCAGACUCUUGCCUUUUCCAAAGUAGAAGGCAAGAUGGAAUCGGUAGAAGCAAAAGCUUCUGAGAAGGACCAGGGAGCGGCUGAGAAGGAAGAGCAGAGCAAAAGGAAAAAGAACCAAGGGGUAGAUAACAACAUCCUUGGGUUUUCCCUGGCCCAGGAACAAGAGGACAGCGACGGGGACCUCCAGAAGGAAGCCGACAAGCCUCUGGCCCAGAAGUUUAAGACCUACGAGCAGACGCUGAAGGAUAUCCAGAACAUCCUCAUGUACUGGGACCGGAAGCAAGGCAUCCAGGUGCCUCACGUUGGGGUUGAGGAGCUGGCCCACGAGCCCGAUGACCAGCGCCAGGUUCCAUCGGGCGGGCGCAAAGGCCGCAAGGACCGCGAGCGGGAGCGCGCUGAGAAGGAGCGCUUGGAGCGGGAGCGCCUGGAGCGGGAGAGGGCCGAGAGGGAGCGGCUGGAGAGGCUCCGGGCCCUGGAGGAGCAGCCAGAUGGAGGAGAGGCGGACCGGGAGGAGGACCACGAAGGGAAGAAGGACCUGGGUGUGCCAUUCAUAAAUAUCCAGACACCCGACCUUGAAGGCUCCAAGUGGAAGCAAAUCCUGGAGAAUGACAAGCUUCCCAAAGUGGAGCAGAUCCUAGACUACUUGGGCUUGGGUACCUCUGGACUGCCCAUCCCGCCUCCGGUCUUAUUCUCACUCAUCUCCUACCCUCUGAAGCGGCUGCCAUUGGCCUCAACGGAAAUCAUGAAGCAUUUUAUGUUUCUAAUUCCGCUCUCCGAAGAGCUGGCCCUGCUGGAGGAGAAAAGAGAGGCGGAAUCAGAAGCAGACCUCUCGACGACCACCACCACCACCAGCUCCGUGAAGGAGGAGCCGAACACCUCGUCUAAAGGGAACAAACAGAAACAGAAAGAAAAAACGGACCAGGUACGCGAUACUCUGAAGGACAAACGUCGUAUCGCCUUCAACAGGAAGGGCAUCGCUGGGGCCGUUUCCGGAGCCGUUUCCCCCCUGUCGGACAUGGACCAGAACAACUUGUCUGGGCAGCACUCCCAGGAAAAGUUCAUCAGAUUGAAUCAUUUCCGGUGGAUCGUGCCGGCCAAUGGCGAAACCACGUUGAGAGUGCAGUUCUCUGCUACCGAUCUUGGGAACUAUGACCAGACGUUCAACUUUGAGAUCCUUGGAACUUGCCGCCAGUACCAGCUUUAUUGCCGUGGCAUUUGUGCUUAUCCUUACAUUUGCCAAGACCCAAGAGUGGUAUUCCCUCAGCGGAAGAUGGACAUGAAAACAGAUGAGAUCGUCUUUAAGAAGUAUAUUAUAAGCAUGGACACCUUUUGCUUUGGGCCACUGCUUUGUGGAAAAUCAAGAGAUAAGUAUAAGUCAUCUUUGUUCCCAGGCAACAUGGAGACACUGACAAUCCUGAACAAUUCCCCACUGGUCACGGAGGUGUUCUUCUGUUUCCAGAAUGAUGUCAAAGCAAACACCUACUUCCUGGAACCCACGAACAUGAUUCUCAAACCCAACGAGAAGCAGUUGCUGACCGUGUGGGCCUACCCUACUGCUGUUGGGGUCUUUGAAGACAGCAUAGUCUGCUGCAUCAAGGAGAACCCAGAACCAGCCAUCUUCAAAUUAAGCUGUGAGGGGGUCCGCCCAGAACUGGAUGUGGAACCCAGGCAAUUGCAUUUUGACCGGCUUCUGUUGCACAGAAAAGAAUCCAAACUAGUUCUGCUCCACAACGUCACGGCCCUGCCCGUGGCCUGGCGGAUCACCAGCCUGGAGCACCUGGGCGAGGACUUCUCCGUGUCCCUGCCACAGGGCAUCGUCCCCCCCAAGGCUGAGUAUAGCCUGUAUGUGCACUUCCAACCCUCCAAGCCCAUCAGCAUCAAGAAACCAAUUCGAUUGGAGAUCUUGGACUCAGACAAUCUUGUUGGAGUUGUUCAGAUUGAAAACAUCCUGAUCAUUGCAGAGUCCUAUGACAUGGCCUUGGACAUCACCUUCCCCAAAGGAGCUGAAGGAGGCCUCGAUUUUGGGACCAUGAGGGUCAUGGAGGAAGUGAAGCAGCCCCUGCAACUGAAGAACCGUGGGAAAUACGAGAUCAUGUACAGCUUUUCUGUGGACUCCGUAGGCCUUACAUCGACCAAUAUAAAUUCUAUGAUCUCAGUCCAACCCAGGAAGGGCUCACUGACCACAACCGAUAAGCCCACAAAUGUCCAGGUGUUCUUCCGUGCAAAAAAGGAAGUGAAGAUAGAGCAGCAGCCGGUCCUGCGCUGUCAGAUCAUUGAGCCCAGUAUGGCAGACGGAACUGAGAUCAUUGCCAGCAUCCCAAUUAGGUGUUCUAUGAAUGCAGUGUUCUCCAAAUACAGCAUCAGCCCCUCCUCCAUCAUCAACUUUGGGGCUCUGAUCUGUGGAACUCGAAAAAGCACCACCUUCACCAUAGAAAAUCAAGGUAUUACUGACUUCAAGUACAGCCUCUACAGGAUGACAGGGGAGAGCACCAUUCAGAAGAAAACAGUCGGCCACGUGAGGCAUUUAAGAUCCCGGGAAAGCGAGAGCUCCUACAAGAUUGCCCCUUCUAGAGCAACCAAGUUCUCUGAAACUGUUCAGAAAGAAAUAAACAUCUCUGGCCAGCAAGCACGCUACUGCCAUGGCAUGUUCACCGUGUACCCUGGGUUUGGCACCGUCUCUGCUGGAGGACAACAGGUCAUCACCGUUGACUGCCUGGCCGACCCUGUGGGAAGGUGUGAGGAGUUUAUGGCGAUCGAUAUCUCCGACCGAGACCCCCGAGACCACCCUACUGGCAUUCCUUACAGCCUGUUGGCUGAAGCCUGUGUACCAGCCUUCGUUACGGAAAACAAUGCCUCCAUAUUUGAGGAGCACCAGAUCUGCAACAGUGCCAACCUGUACAACAUCCUGCAGACCACAGAGAGCCAGGGGCUGUUUGUGGAGGAUGAGAACAAGUUCAUAUUCAGCAAUGUCCUGGUGGGCCAUCAGGCCAAGGCUCGGUUCAAGAUCAGCAACAUGGCGAAGAUCAGCUGCGAUGUGAGCAUUGUGGUCAAGCCUGUCUCCAACAAGAUCGUCGCCCGCAUCACUGACAUCUUCGAAGUGGAACCCAACAAGGUGUGCAUUGCCAGUCGUUCAAAUGCCUUUGCCACGGUGACCUUCACCCCCCAGACCAUGCAGGUGUACCAGUGCAUCUUCGAGGCUACCUUGGAAGGCGUGCCCAGCCUCCAGACCAAAAACCGAAGCCUCGUGUUUGAUAUCGUGGGAGAGGGGACCCUCCCUCGGGUGACCAUUGUGCGGCCAAUUCUCCAAAACCAAUAUGGAAACCCCUUGCUCCUCUUUAAGAAGCUUCUUCUUGGCCAUUCAGAGAAACUCCCUCUCAUCCUCAAGAACAAUGGCAAUAUCCCUGCCAAGCUGCAUGUUGACCUGCAGGACCAACUAGAAGUCUUCUCCCUGAAAGGGAGGCCCACGACCUCCUACAUCUACAUCAUAGAGGAAAACAAUCCCCAUGCAAAAGCAAAGAAAGCUCACACGGCCUCCCUGGUGGUUCUUCCUGGAGAAACAGCUGAAUUUGAUGUGGUUUUUCAAGCCCAACAUGUUGGGAGGAUGACAGGCAAAAUCCACUUGUCAGUGAUCAACAACCAGUACGAGGACACAGUCAUCCACGUGGUGGGAGAAGGCUACGAGGAUGACAUCACCUUGGACAACGUCCACGGGCUGGUGAGGUCCACCGGUGGGGAGCCCCUGGACACGUCCGAGGUCAUGGAGGACGGAUCCAUGGAAAGCUUGGUGGCAGCUGCUCUGAUGGACCACAUUCAGUUCGGGGACUGCCACAUUGGAAACAGCUAUAACGUGAGCUUCACAAUCACUAACCACAGCCAAGUGAAUGCGAUUCGGUUUGAAUGGCCCUCCUUAGCUACAAUUACCUUUUCCCCACAGGCUGGCCACCUCCACCCUGGGUGUGCCAAGGACAUAGUGGUGACCAUGAAGUCAGACAUCCCCAUCAACAUGAAGAAGAUGGAUAUCAAGUGCAAGAUCUCCAAGAUCAUGUUUCAGCAGCCUGCAGACCAGGUGCCUGACUGGGAUGACCGCAUGCGCACAGUCAAGUGGGUGGACGUGCCCAGAAACAUGCCCUCUACUUUUAGUACAAAACGAAAAGUGAUAGAGACGGACCCUGAGCCUGUGCACUCGGUACUGGAAGAGCGCUACCGAGAGCUGAUGCUGCAGGUCAGCGCCAACGUGAACUACGCGUCCUACAGCUGCCAGACGAGCGAUGUGCGCUUUAAGGACACGCUGGUUUACCAGACCCGCGUGUUUCAGUUGGAGCUGGUCAAUACAGGAGGUGUGCAGCUGGAAUUCAACUGGAUCGUGGAAGAGAUGGCGAAGGCUGUCAGCUUUGUAAUGCCAGAUAACAAGGGUUCGCAAAAGGAUCUGCUCAGCCAGGGCAGCACCCUGGACAGCGCCACGGAACCCUGGACUGAACCUCCCUCCCUGUCCUUCUCUGUGGAUCCCAUCUCUGGCAUUGUGCCCAUGGGGAAGUCUCAGAAGAUCAAAGUGAAAUUCUCCCCGUUGGAGGUUGGAGACUUCGAGAGCACCAUUUCCUGCCAGAUUCCCAAUCUAGCACCCGGAGUGCAAGGCCCGGUCCUAACAGCUAAAGGGCGGAGCUUCUUGCCUAUCUGCCACUUUGAACUGAAAGAGUCAGACUACAUCACUGGGCAUCGGCGCAACCCGGAUCUCCGAGGGCCUGGCGGGGGGCCUCUGGACCCAAACACCCGGGUGAUCGAGUUCACCUGUGUGGGCAUAGGAGGGAAGAAUCUCCGGUCGUUUACAAUCCUGAACCCGACCACUAGCAUCUACUGCUUCCGCUGGGUCUCUGAAGAAGCAGAAAGUCUCCAGAACCCUUCAGCCUUCACCUGCCUUACAGAGAAGGGCUGCAUCCAGCCUGAAAAGAAAGCCGAGAUUAUCUUCCAGUUCAUGCCUUUGCAUCUGAGAAUCACAGAAGCAUUCUGGACCUUCUCAGUCCCUGAACACAACAUCACAGUCCCUUUCCUGCUGGUGGGCAAAGCCUCUGACCCUCUGGUCAAUCUGGACAAGUCCCACAUCAACUUCUGCUGUCUCCUCAUCGGCCGAGAAGCCCGGGAGACCGUGCACAUCAUCAACAGGGAGGAGCAAGGGUUCAAUUUUGCCUUCCUGGACAGCUCCCGGUAUUCUGAAGGUUUCACUGAAAACCUGGUCGUAUGUCCCAUGGAAGGCUGGCUCCCGCCGAUGUCCAGGGUACAAAUUGAUGUCUUCUUCACACCAAAGCAAGAAGGAGAUGUGAACUUUAAUUUGAUCUGCAAUGUGAAAAGGAAAGCCCAGCCUAUGACCUUAAAUGUCAAGGCUGAGGGCUACACCAUGAAUGCGGAUGUCAAGUGCAAAGACAGGACUGGCUUAGUCACUUUCUUGACUCCCAAUCAGACUACCAUUGUCAACUUCUAUGAGGUGGAGCUGAAUGAAUGUGUCCAGUGUGAGUUCACCUUUAUCAACACUGGGAAGUUCAACUUCAGCUACCAGGCAGAGCUCUCUGGCCCCAAGGCCCUGAUGCAGUACUUAGAGUUCUCACCCACAGAGGGCAACGUGGAUAUAGGGCAGAGUGCAUCUGCCAGCCUGAAUUUCCAACCAUUUAAGAAAUGUGUCUUGAAGGGCCUGGAACUCAGAAUCAAGAUAAGCCACGGUCCGACAUUCAUGUGCAGCAUCUCAGGCAAUGCUGUGAGCCCUGCUGUCCAUUUCUCAUUCACCAGCCACAACUUUGGGACCUGCUUCAUCUACCAAGCCGGGAUGCCCGCGUACAAACAGACCCUGGUUAUCACCAACAAGGAGGAAACGGGUAUGAGCAUCGAUUGUUUGUACACCAAUACCACCUACCUUGAGGUGAACUUCCGUGUGGACGUGAUAAAGCCAGGAAAGUCCAUGGAGAUCCCAAUCACCUUCUAUCCUCGAGAAAGUAUCAGUUACCGAGAGCUCAUCCCCUUUGAAAUCAAUGGGCUCUCCCAACAAGUAGUUGAAAUCAAAGGGAAAGGCACCGAAAUGAAGAUUGUAGUCCUGGAUCCGGCCAACAGGAUCUUGAAGUUAGGAGCUGUCCUGCCGGGGCAGGUGGUGAAAAAAACGGUUUCGAUCAUGAACAACAGCCAAGCCCCGGUCACCUUUAGCCAUUCCGUCCUGUUCUCAGUUCCAGAGCUCCGGGAGCCUAAGGUCAUCACCCUGAUGCCCUUCGGCCACAUCACGCUGAAGCCCAAAGAAGUCCGCAAGCUGGAGGUCAUCUUUGCCCCGAAGAAGCGCAUCCCCCUCUUCUCCGAGGAAGUGUUGAUGGAGAGCAUGGGGCUCCUGCGCCCCCUCUUCCUGCUCAGCGGCUGCUGCCACGCUCUGGAGGUCUCCCUGGACCAGCAACACAUUCCCUUCGGGCCAGUCGUGUAUCAGACAAAGGCCACGCGUCGCAUCCUCCUGCUGAACACGGGCGACGUGGGUGCCAGGUUUAAGUGGGAUGUCAGAAAGUUUGAGCCUAACUUCUCCAUCAGCCCGGAAGAAGGCUACAUCACCACGGGCAUGGAGGUUUCGUUAGAGGUGACCUACCAUCCCACGGAGGUGGGCAAGGAGAAUCUCUGCAGAAACCUGCCCUGCUUCGUCCAGGGAGGCCCCGCCCUCAGCCUGACUCUGUCUGGAAUCUGUGUUGGACCGCCCGCAGUGAAAGAGACGGUAAACUUCACCUGCCAGGUACGCUCCAAGCACACGCAGACCAUCCUGCUUUCCAAUCGCACCAACCAGACCUGGAAUCUGCACCCCAUCUUUGAGGGCGAGCACUGGGAGGGGCCCGAGUUCAUCACUCUGGAGCCCCAUCAGCAAAACAAGCCCUAUGAGAUUACCUACAAGCCCCGCACCAUGAAUGUGGAGAACCGCAAGCAUCAGGGCACCCUCUUCUUCCCCCUGCCGGACGGGACCGGCUGGCUAUAUGCGCUGCAUGGGACUGCCGAGCCCCCCAAAGCCGUGGCCAAUAUCUUCCGUGAAGUGCCAUGUAAGACGCCCUACACUGAGCUCCUGCCAAUCACCAACUGGCUGAACAAGCCCCAGAGGUUCCGGGUCAUUGUGGAAAUGGUGAAACCAGAGAAGCCAGACCUAAGUGCCACCUUAAAGGGCCUUGAUUACAUUGAUGUACUGUCUACAUCCAAGAAAGACUACAAGCUGAACUUCUUUUCCCAUAAGGAGGGACUAUACAGCGCAAAGGUGAUCUUCCGAAAUGAGGUGACCAACGAGUUCUUGUACUACGUGGUGAGUUUCAGGGUCAUCCCUUCGGGCAUCAUCAAAACCAUCGAGAUGGUGAGCCCCGUCCGGCAGAGCACGUCAGCCUCCGUCAAGGUGGAGAACCCCCUGCCCUACUCGGUGACCUUCGCCACGGAGUGCAGGGUGCCUGACAUCAACCUGCCCUCCCAGUUCGUGGUGCCCGCUAACUCGGAGGGCACGUUCUCAUUCGAGUUCCAGCCCCUGCGAGCCGGAGAAACCUUCGGGAGACUAGUUAUGCACAACAAUGACUUGGGUUACUUCCAAUAUGAGCUCAACCUGAAGGCUCUGCCAGCGGUGCCCGAAAAGCCCAUCCACUUCCAGACGGUUCUUGGCAGCGGCCAGAGCAUCUUUGCCAAGUUCAUCAAUUACACCCGGCAGAAGACAGAAUACUACUGCAGGACCGACUGCGUCGACUUCCACACGGAAAAGGUCAUCAGCGCGGCCGCGGGGUCCCAGGGCGGCACGGAAGUCAGCGUGGAAGUCUACUUCGAGCCCAGCCACCUGGGGGAGACCAAGGGCACCCUGUCCCUGUCCUCCAUCGCCGGCGGAGAGUACAUCAUCCCCCUCUUCGGGGUGGCCUUGCCCCCGAAGCCACAGGGCCCCUUCCAGGUCCGGGCCGGGUACAACAUAGUCAUCCCCUUCAAGAACGUCUUCUACCAAACCGCCACCUACUCCUUCAUCGUGGAGCACCCGGCCUUCUCCGUGCGGGCUGCCGAGUCCGUGCGGCCCAAGAAGAUCAACAGCAUCUCCGUCUUCUUCGAAGGAAACCCUUCCGGCUACAAAACACCCAUCACCAGCAAGCUGAUCGUGUCGUGCCCUCCCGGCGAUGGCAGGGACACAACCAUCAAAUGGGUUUAUUAUCUGAAGGGGGUGACCCCUUAGCUGUAACCAGGGACAGUUGCAUCCAGAA